AUGCAUAAGACGCUAGGAACAAUGAUUGAGGAGGUGAUCAAGUACGGAUCUGACAUGACUAGCAUUGUUGCGCAGUAUCAGAUAUUCUCGGUCUCGGGGGCAGGUUACUAUUGGCCUAAAGCUCAACGUCAAAGGGGGAUGUACUUCCAAGGGGUCCACUUCCAAUCUAUCAAGGACAUGUUCGAGGAAUUCGACGAGAGAACAGCGAAGGGUGAAGUUUUCAUCAUCUGA